UGUAGUUCAACUGUAAUUUCACUUUGAAAGAUUCAAUUGAUUAUAAAAUGACGAAGAAAGUAUCAAGAUUGAGAAAAAUAUACCAAAUGUCCAAAUAAGCUUUGUCCCAUCAGAAUUGGAAGGCGAAUUGCUUGCUUUCACGUUCUUUUACUAUUGGCCUUCACGUAAAGCCUCUAGAACCUACUUAUUUUUGUAUUAGUGUACCUCUUAAAGAGCAAUUUAUGGGUUGGUUUGUUUCUUAUUGACCCCUUUGAGGUCGUUGUUGAUACUUCGUCACAACGGUCCAAAGCGGCUCUAGCUGAUCCGGUUUUUUUUUUUUUUUUUUUUUUUUUUUUUUUUAUCUCAAAUUAUGGAUCUAUUUAUUACUUUAACUAAACUUAUUAAAUUAGUUAACAUGUAAAGUAAUAAUAAGAGCAAAGGAAGAGUUGUAGGGUUUGGACAUGAAGAAGUGUUCGAUUUGGUUUAGGAAAAUUUGUCAAAAAUAACACGACCUUUGGCCGGUCUUUCCUAAAUAACACCACCUUUUGAUUAUUCCACAAUAACACCACCUUUCCUAUACUUCUUCCCAAAAUGGUACAAAAUUAUAGGUGACCUGAUUUUGGGGUAAAGUCAAGGAUUGACUUAAAUUCCCCCUCCCCUUAGCCUACGUGGAAUUAAAUUCCUCAACUACUUUCUGUUUCCCUCUUUAAAUCAUUUCCCUCUCAAUUUCACUCUCUCUCCAAUUCUUCUGUCUGAAAAACGAAGGCAUCAUAAUUCAAUUGAAGAUCAAAAAUUAAUUGCGGAAACUUUGGUGGUUGAUUGAGUACGAUUGUUGCAGAUUGAAGGAAGUAAAGUUUCGAUAUUUUGUGUAAAUGCCUAAGAAAAAGGUACGAUUUUUUUUGUUUAAAUACUUUGAAAUUGAUUGUGGUGUUUUGGAUUAUGAAUUGGAUGCAUUUAAAUUUCAAUUUGAAGUGAUUAAUUAUGCAAUUUAGUUUGUUUACUUGGUUAUUAUUGUGCUGGGCAAUUUGAGGAAUCAGUGGUAUAUAUAUUUUUUUUGAAAUGCUUGUUGUGAUGAAUGUUUGUUGAUUAGUUAGAUUAUUGAUGUAGGUAGGAUUACGGUUUUGGUGUAGUAUUGAUGUGAUGCAUGCACUGUUGUUUGUAGCCUAAUUGUGGUGUCUAAUUAUAGGUUGCAAAGAGUAAGAAUUUUGACAGUUUGACUGUCAGAUUCUGGCAUGGGGGUGAAUUUGAAUUGGGUAAGAAUGGUGAAUUGAAGUAUAAGGGUGGGGAGUGUACUAAUUUUGUUAUAGACCCAGAUGAACUCUGUUAUUGGGAGUUGCUUGAGUUUAGGAAGCAAAGUGGGAUGGAUUGGGUGAAUCAACUGUUUUACCAAAUUCCUGGGUUGAGUGUGGACAAAGGUUUGAGAGUAAUCCAUGGGGAUGAAGAAUGUAGAGUGAUGAGUGAGUUAGGGGUUCAAAAUAGGGAUAUUGUUGUGUAUGCUAUGCAGUAUGAUUAUGACACACUUCAUGCACAUAUUGAGCCAUUGAGAUGACAUGCUCCAAAUGCAACAAGAAGGGGCACAACAAGAGGGGCUGUCAAGAGAAGGAUUAUGAAGCAAUUGCACCACCUGCAAAAAAGGCCAAGGGAAGACCAAAAGGACCUGCAGCAACACCUGUACUAACACAACAAUCCCAGUUAGCUUCAUCUUCAACUCCAGCAACAGGCCCAACUGCAAUAGGAACCUCUGCCCAUCACAACACUUCUGCACAACCCAGUCAGUUAGGAAGGGUGGAAGGCUCAUUCUCUCUGGUGAGGGGUCUAGAGGUGUGUCUCAGACCAUUACUAGAUCCCAAUCUGCAACUCAGGGAAGAGGGAGGGGCAGAGGAAGGGGAGUUGCAGAGAGAGGCUCUAAAUCUGGUGAGGCACCAGUUCCAGGACAAGGGAGAGGAAGGGCUAGGGGUAAAGGGAGAGCAAAGUCAACAAUUGGAAUUGGUGUCCUGUUUGGUGAUGAUGGAAACCCAAUGGUUCCAGCAACAAGGGCAAGGCAGAGAUCUAUAUCUGACCUAUGAUGCAUCAGUCUUUGUGCAGCCUGAAUCCUUGAUGGAGCUGAAGUCUUUUCUGUGGUUUAUACCUGAAUCAUGAAACUUUUGUGUACUUAUGUUUUAGU